CCCCACCUUUUGCUUUUGCCACCGACGUCGACGUGUAUCGUCGGUCGCAGUUAGACCGAGUCCGCUCGCGCAUUCACAUUAAAAUUUCCAAUCCGCGCUUGUGCUCUCUCUCAUUCUCUCUCUCUCUCUUUCUCUCUCUCUCGGCCGGCUCGAUCCUCCUCGUCGAUCCUCGCCAACGUGGACCAACGGUGUAUCCGCUGACGGAAAAAGAAAUGCCCGUGAAUUCGAGUUCGUUUAACGCAAGUACGUCGAGGAGAGAGGAUACGUCGUGAGAGAUCCAGUUGAGUUUUAUAUUCGUCGUCGGGUGUCACUUUCGAGGCGACACGAAGGUGUAAGCUGGCUCGUGUGUAUCUAUCUAGUCGGUUCAGGAUCGAAGGAUACCAUUCGCCGGAGAAAACGUGUAGACGCGCGAAGGAGCCAGUGUGUAUUGAUGUGCAGUGAUCAGGAAGUUGGUGAACGCCGGAAGUAAGGUCUUCGAACGAGUUCGUUGAACGAAGGAGGAAGGAUCGAGCCAGUUCACCCUCGUGAGAAACCUUAUCCAUCCUUUUUUUUUAUUUUUUUUUUUUUUUUUUUUAUUUUCCUCAUUAAUACGCGCGUGACAAGUGAACCUUUUAAUCUUUCGACGUCGUAAUGACACCGAGAAUGGAAACAUGAGGACUGUGGAAGAUCGUCUACUCGAUCGACGCAGCUCCAGUCCUGUCGACCAUAAAUGACCGAUGUGACGCAGCCCAUCAGGAAUAUUUUCACGCAAAAUGAUUCGUGCCCUUGUCCUUCUGUGCAUGGCCAUUCUACCUCUCGUACGAUGCCACAAGAUCCACGAACACAUGACAAGGGAAGAGAUGUUAUCAGUGUUUCACACGGGACACGAAUCUGUACCAGCGUACGAAGUUGUUCCUGUGUUACAUUCGGUGCACAAAAGGAGUAUACAAGAAAAACCGGAGAUACAUUUGAAGGCCUUUGGGAAGGACAUCAGUCUGUCGCUGAAACCCACGGAAGGGUUGUUCGCAGCGAACCAUUUGCCCAUGUGGACCGUCACGAAGAAUGCGUCGCAACCUGAUGGCCUCCGGUACGAGAAGGUGACGGAUGCUGACAUAGGUAUCGGUGACAUCUAUCAAGACACGACGAACAUGGCGUCUAUUUUGCUGCACCAGGACGCAAAUGGGAAAGUGCUCGUUGAUGGCAACAUUGGUUCAGAACUGGUGAUUCGGCCACUGCCAGACCGUGUAUUAAAUGAAUUAGUAAGUAAGAAUACAAGUUUUAACGAUGCCGAAUUACUGCCAAAUGUAACGAGAAGAAAAGAGAACUUGAAGAGGACGAGUCAUCAUAUCGUCUUCAAAAAAAUGACGCGAAAAUCAAACGGCGAUCAAUACAGCGACUUUACGCUGAUGGAACCCGACCAUUUGGCCAAGAAAUACAGAUCGAAGCGCUCGGUCGGUGAUAGAAGAAAGAGGGAAGCACCAUACGUGAUCUAUCCGGAAAUCCUUUGUAUCGUGGACUAUGAUGGAUACAGAUUGCACGGAGGUGACAAUGUACAGAUAAAAAGGUAUUUCGUGUCCUUCUGGAACGGGGUAGAUUUAAGGUACAAGUUGUUGAAGGGUCCGAAAAUUCGCAUCAGCAUCGCGGGAAUAAUUAUCUCAAGGGGAAGAGAUGCAACACCGUACUUGGAAAGAAAUCGCGUUGGAAGAGACGCGAUCGAUUCAGCGGCUGCGCUGACAGAUAUGGGCAAAUACCUUUUCCGGGAGAGAAGACUUCCGGUCUACGACAUUGCGGUCGCCGUUACAAAAUUAGAUAUGUGCAGGAGGCAAUACGCGAAUGACGUGUGCAAUAGAGGAACAGCAGGAUUCGCAUACGUGGGUGGAGCUUGUGUUGUAAACAAGCGUCUGGAAAAAGUGAAUUCUGUCGCCAUCAUCGAGGAUACAGGAGGAUUUAGUGGAAUUAUCGUCGCAGCCCACGAAGUUGGCCAUUUGCUGGGUGCAGUUCACGAUGGUUCACCGCCGCCCAGUUAUCUCGGAGGACCCGGUGCCGAAAAAUGUCACUGGGAGGAUGGGUACAUCAUGAGCGACCUUAGACACACCGAAAAAGGAUUUAAAUGGUCCCACUGUAGUGUGUCGUCGUUUCAUCACUUCCUAAACGGCGAUACAGCAACGUGUUUAUACAACGCACCCCACGAAGACGAAGCACUUCCUCGAGUUUUACCUGGAAAACUGCUCUCGUUGGAUGCACAGUGUAGGAAAGAUCGUGGAACGAGCGCUUGUUUCAAAGACGAGAGAGUUUGCGCUCAAUUAUUUUGCUUCGAUGCUGGUUCAGGAUACUGCGUGGCAUAUCGUCCGGCAGCUGAAGGCUCUCCCUGUGGAGAUGGUCAGUAUUGUCUGAAUGGAAAAUGCGUAGCAGAGCACGAAAACAUUAUACCAGAUUAUACACAAAAUAUCCCAACGUAUGUGCGCCGGGACAGCACUUACAACCCCACAGCCCAUAAUCGGCCCAUGUUCGCCCAAUACAA